AUGCAGACUCCAUCCCAGGUCGCCUCGCUGGACCUGGAACCGGCCAACGAUCCAGCCCAAACAGAAGGCCUGCAGAGGGGACAAUCCCUGCAGAAAAUCGUGCGCUUCGAUCUCAAAGAAGAAGGGAAUCACAUCCUGGCCGUCAGCAUCAGCUACACCGAGACGCUGAUCGGGUCUGACGCGCAGGCUGCAAGCGGCCGGGUCAGGACAUUCCGUAAACUGUAUCAGUUUGUUGCGCAGCCGUGUCUCAGUGUCCGGACGAAAUCCUCGGAGCUGGCUCCGUUGGAGGUGGAGAAUAAGUCGUUGGGACCGUAUGGGAAAACCCGGCUUCUGCGAUUCGCUCUGGAAGCGCAGCUGGAGAAUGUGGGGGAUGGCACCGUGGUGGUCAAGCAAACGAAACUCAAUCCCAAGCCGCCGUUCAAAGCCCUUUCCUUGAACUGGGACCUGGAGAGGCCGGAUAAGGCCGACUCGCAGCCGCCCACGCUGAACCCACGGGAUGUACUGCAGGUUGCAUUCUUGGUGGAGCAGGAAGAAGGCCAGCAAGAGGGACUCGAAGCUUUGCAGAAGGACCUGAGACGAGAUGGCAGGGCAGUUCUGGGACAGCUUUCGAUUGAGUGGAGGAGUGCUAUGGGUGACAAGGGGUUUUUGACUACUGGGAAUCUGUUGACAAGAAGGCGGUCUUGA